AUGACCACCACCACAACAACCACGACCACUACGACCAUCACGACCACCACGACCACGACCACCACAACAACCACGACCACUACGACCAUCACGACCACCACGACCACGACCACCACAACAACCACGACCACUACGACCAUCACGACCACCACAACAACCACGACCACUACGACCAUCACGACCACCACGACCACGACCACCACAACAACCACGACCACUACGACCAUCACGACCACCACGACCACGACCACCACAACAACCACGACCACUACGACCAUCACGACCAUCACGACCACCACAACAACCACGACCACUACGACCAUCACAACCACCACGACCACGACCACCACAACAACCACGACCACUACGACCAUCACAACCACCACGACCACGACCACCACAACAACCACGACCACUACGACCAUCACGACCACCACGACACGACCACCACAACAACCACGACCACUACGACCAUCACGACCACCACGACCACCACGACCACCACAACAACCACGACCACUACGACCAUCACGACCACCACGACCACGACCACCACAACAACCACGACCACUACGACCAUCACGACCACCACGACCACGACCACCACAACAACCACGACCACUACGACCAUCACGACCACCACGACCACGACCACCACAACAACCCAACACGACCACGACCACCACAACCACCAUGACCACCACCACCACGACCACCACGACCACCACGACCACUACGACCACGACCACCACAACAACCACGACCACUACGACCACCACAACAACCACGACCACUACGACCACCACGACCACCAUGACCACCACCACCACAACAACCACGACCACUACGACCACCACGACCACGACCACCACCACUACGACCACCACGACCACCACGACCACCACGACCACCACAACAACCACGACCACUACGACCACCACGACCACACGACCACCACAA